AAAAUGGUUGUUCUUAAACAAGUUUUCUUUAAUUCUGUACGUUUUUACACUUCAACUCGUCAAAAUCUUAAAAUUGGCAAAAAUACUAAAGUUUUAAUUCAAGGAUUUACUGGAAAACAAGGGACGUUCCAUGGCCAGCAAAUGAUUGAGUAUGGCACAAAUGUGGUUGGAGGUGUUUCUCCUUCUAAAGCUGGAACUCAACAUUUGGGAAAGCCUAUAUUUGCUACAGCAAAAGAAGCUAAAGAUGCAACUGGUGCUGAUGCUUCUGUGAUUUAUGUGCCAGCUCCAUUUGCUGCUACAGCAAUAAAUGAAGCAAUUGAUGCAAACAUUGGUUUAGUUGUUUGUAUAACUGAAGGAAUACCUCAAUUAGACAUGGUAAGAGUUAAAAGUCGUUUAUUGGCUCAAAACACAACUCGUCUUUUGGGCCCAAACUGUCCUGGAAUUAUUGCACCAGAAGAAUGCAAGAUUGGUAUUAUGCCUGGACAUAUUCACAAAAAAGGUGUCAUUGGAAUUGUUUCUCGUUCUGGCACUUUAACAUAUGAGGCUGUCCAUCAAACAACAGAAGUUGGUCUAGGUCAAUCCCUUUGUGUUGGAAUUGGUGGAGAUCCUUUUAAUGGGACAAACUUUAUUGAUUGUUUAGAUGUUUUUUUGAAUGAUCAAAAUACAAGAGGAAUAAUAAUGAUUGGAGAAAUUGGUGGUGAUGCUGAAGAAAGUGCUGCUAAAUUUUUGUUAGAAAAUAAUACUGGACCUAAUGCAAAGCCUGUUGUUUCAUUUAUUGCUGGUGUAACUGCUCCAAAAGGUCGCAGAAUGGGACAUGCUGGUGCUAUAAUUGCUGGAGGUAAAGGAGGGGCUCGUGAAAAGAUUGAAGCAUUACGUGGUGCUGGUGUUCGUGUUGUAGAUUCUCCAGCAAUGAUGGGAUCUGAAAUGGCUGGUCUUAUGAUUAAAAUUGCAACCGGUGGUUCUGCAAGAGCUCGGCAAUCCAUUUAA